GCUUCGCGAAGAAGCAGCUACAAAGUAUCGGCGGCCCCAGCUCGGGAAGUCAGGUUGGAAUUGGUGCAUUGUGAUUAUUUUAUACCUCAGCGCACGGCGCAGUGGACAAUUAUGCACCAUGCCUAUAGUAGACAAGUUGAAAGAAGCCCUGAAACCUGGACGGAAGGAUUCUGCUGAUGAAGGUGACCUCAACAAGCUGAUUGCAGCUUCAGCAAAGAAGGUUCUUCUUGAGAAAAUUGAAUUUGAGCCUGCCAGCAGGAGCUUUUCCUGUCAGCUAGAAACUCUGAAGAGCAAAUAUGUCAUUUUGAACCCUAAAGCUGAAGGGGCAACUGGUCAGAAAAAUGCUUGUUCCACCCCAACAAAAAAACAGGUCUAUGAAACCAGUGGCACUCUAAAUGAUGGUAUCCCAGCCCCUCAGAAAGUGCUAUUUCCUAUGGAAAAACUGUCCAUGAAAUGGGUACGUGUGUGCAGAGUCGGAGCUGGACUCCACAACCUGGGAAAUACAUGUUUCUUGAACUCCACUAUACAGUGCUUGACAUAUACACCACCGCUGGCCAAUUAUCUCCUCUCAAAAGAACACAGUAAGACAUGUCCCCAGGCUGGAUUUUGUAUGAUCUGCAUCAUGCAGAACCAUCUGAUACAGGCCUUUGCCAACAAUGGAAACGCUAUCAAACCAUUAUCUUUUAUUCGUGAACUAAAAAAAAUAGCAAGACAUUUUCGCUUUGGGAAUCAAGAGGAUGCGCAUGAGUUUCUGAGAUACACCAUUGACGCUAUGCAGAAGGCCUGCCUGAGCAGUUGCACCAAAUUGGACCGACAAACGCAAGCUACUUCAUUAGUGCACCAAAUUUUUGGAGGAUAUCUUAGGUCCAGGGUUAAGUGUUCUGUGUGCAAGAGUGUAUCGGAUACAUAUGACCCUUAUUUGGAUAUUGCUCUUGAAAUAAGGCAAGCACCCAAUAUUGUCAGAGCCCUUGAGCUCUUUGUGAAACCUGAUUUUCUCAGUGGAGAGAAUGCUUACAUGUGCGCGAAGUGCAAGAAGAAAGUUCCAGCUACCAAACGCUUUUCCAUUCAUAGAGCAUCAAAUGUGCUGACCCUCUCCCUAAAGCGAUUUGCAAACUUCAGUGGUGGCAAAAUCACUAAGGAUGUUGGUUACCCUGAACACUUGAAUAUGCGUCCAUAUAUGUCCCAAAGUAACGGUGAACCAGUCAAUUAUGGGUUGUAUGCAGUGUUGGUGCAUUCUGGAUACAGUUGUCAUGCUGGACAUUAUUACUGUUAUGUCAAGGCCAGUAAUGGGCAAUGGUAUCAGAUGAAUGAUUCAAUGGUUCAUUGUAGUAACAUCAAGGUGGUGCUGAACCAACAGGCUUAUGUACUUUUCUACUUGAGAAUGCCAAACUCUAAGAGUGGUGUAGAUGAUACAUCUAAGCAGAACUCAGCACAGCCUCUUGUCAAAACCAGCAAUGGCACAACCACACCCAAGAAACCGAUGCUAAACGGAUAUUUGGGCUCACCUCAGAUGACAAAGAAACCGGAAUCUCUGCAAGCAAAACUGCAAGCUUCUGGGAGUGUUGGUAUGCCAGUCCCAAGAAACGGAAUUAACCAGUCACCCAAGCUUCCAGCGAAACCAACAUAUGCACCAACUUUCAUAGAUGAAUCGUUGAGGAAGCUUAAGAAAUCUUUACCUCAGUUGCAACCCAAAUCUUCUCAGGGCCAGUUGGUGAAUAAUUCAAGCAGCAGCAGAAUGUCAGUAACAGAAAAUGCAAAGGUUACUGCACCGGAAAGCAAGGAACUACCUGCAUCUACCUCAUGCAAGUCAUUGGUGGCAACUGAUGGACCUGAGCAGAAAGGAAAAGACAACAUCCAGAACCAGCAGAAAGAUUUUGGCAGCCCCAAGCAUGGUUUGAAUGGGAGCAAUAUUACAAAAAACGGAUUGAAUAACCAACAUUCUGAGCCUGAAGAGUCUGAUUCAGAAUCACAAACACACAGCUCAGCUAAUGAGAGGACUGAGAGUAGUGCUGAGGAUCAGGGAGUGUCCAAGAUAAAACCCCAGCUACUUGCAGAAGAGCAAUCCAGUACAAUGUCACCACCUCCAGCUAAGAGGCUCGCACUGUCAGCCAAAAAGGCCACCUACAGCUGGAAGGUGACAGAAAAUGAACCAUACUCUCCAUCAUUCUCAUCAGCCCACAAAGCAAAAUUAAUGAAAAAAGGCUACACAUUUUCUUCUGCAGACAAAACUAGGACUUUCCCACCUACUCCAAAAGUGCAGAUUUCCCAACAAGCAGGACUUAGUUCUCCACCUAAAAUCUCCAAGAAAUCAUGUAGUUCUAGUUUCUCUGAGUCGCAGCUACUAUCAUUGGAAGCCAUGGAAGCAACUUGGCUGCCCUCUCCUCCAAUAAACGGCAGUGCUACCUCAUUGGAAAACCAUACUUUAUCUGGUAAAAGUUCUGGUAAGAUGUGCACUUCAAAGACCGAACUGGCAGAUAAGACCCACAAACACUGCUUUGCUAGUUCCAUGGAAUCAUGGAACAGCAGUGAAAAAACAAAGAAACAACAUAAAUCUUUGAAAAGAAAUGCAAUUUCUUUUGAUUCUGAAUCAUUCAACCAGAUGAAGUGCGAUGAAGCUGCCAAGACUGAUAGUAAAUAUAAAAAGAAAAAGGAAAAGCGACUUAAGACAGCGGAGAAUGAUGGUGUUUGUGACCAACUACAGGAGGAAUCUGUCAAGAGGAGCGUUUCAGCAGGAGAGUUGAUCCCAAAGAAAAUUAAGAAAAAAAGGAAGAAGCAUAAAAAAUGUGGGGAAGUGUCUGAUGAAAAGCACAUUGCUGAGUCUGCUGUGGAAAAUUGUUCAGGACGGAUUGAAAUGCAGGGUGAAGAAGAACUGGAAAAGCCUAAAGAAUUGGAACCGAGAGAGAAAAAGGUCAAAGACAGCAAAAAAAGUGAGAAAAAACACAGGAAACGAAAGAGAAGCACGAAUUUAGAUGAAUGUGCAAGUUCUGAUUCUCCAGUGGAUCAGUCGACUGAAACCAAAAACAAAAGUCAGCAAGUUCCAGUGUUCAUAUGGGACAGCCAGGUAACAGAAGGGUAUAAACGAUCGCAAAAUCACUCUGGUGAGGAUGGAUCUGUCAUGCCCAUUGCAAGCUUAGCCUGGGAUGGGAAGAAACAAUCUAAUGUCAUUCAAGAGCUCUUGAAACAUUCAAACAACAAGGCUUAUGGAACUGAAGUGCUGACUUGGGAUGGGGCAGUGUCAGCUGUCAGUGAAGAUGCUAUAUGUGAUACAAAACAGGCAGAAUAUGAACAUGCAGUUGACGAAUGGGAUGAAGAAUUCGACAAGGGGAAGGUUAAAAAAUUUAAGAAAUUUAAAAGAGAGAGGAGAAGAAGUUUUAAUGCUUUCCAGAAAAUGCAGAACAGAAGGAAUUUUUGGUCUACUACUCAUUCAGGAAAGUUUUCCAGGUUUUAAAAGUUGGUAAAUGACUUCAGUUAAUUGAAGAAGCCCACAGGAAGACGAGGCGCUGAAAGCUGUUUAGCCAUACAGACCCAUGUUCAGUGUCUUUGUUUUUGGUUUGAACAUCAAGACUGAUGCUGAAGCAGUUCAUGUUGGCUGCAAACCCAAAUUAAGAUGUUUGGAGGAGAGGUUCAAUCGUAUUAACAGAGCUGUGUAACAUGGUAUUAAACCAACCAUGAACUGAGGGUCUGCAGUUGAGUCUGGAUUAAAUGCCUACAAGUUUAUGAAACUUAACGUCCAAUCAAGAGCAAAAACUGGAUUCAGAACUCCAUGGAAAUGCAGUGUGUUAGAUUGUUUCUGGUUUAUGCGACAAUAUGCAGAAUCGCAUUGCCACUAUAUUCAUUUUCUCUUGCCCUUGGAGGUAUGAAAACGGAAGUCCUAUAUUUCAUUGUAGCAGCUAGUCAUGAUAUUCAGUGGAAAUGUUGGCCAAAGGCUGUGUGUGCAUUUUUACCAGUUCGUUGGUCAUUGACAAAUGUCCCAUUUUGUUAUAGAUAUGUUCAGAUUCAUCUGAUGAUCAAAUUGAGGUAAUAAGCCAAGACCCUGCUUUUUGGAAGUUCUGCACUGUUAGCCGCUUCUAUUAACUUGCAUUUUUGCAAAUUAUGUUUACUUGAAUAGUUCUAUUUACAACAUAAAAUGUAGGCAUUGUUUUUUUUUUAAAUUCCGUCACUUGCACGGAACUACAUUUCUCACUAGCUGCCAAUUUUUUCUACCUGCUUUUCCCGAUUUCUCUUUUGCUUAAUGAGUGAAGGAAAAAUAUAUUUACCCUCUUUUGUCCUUUUGGGACAACUAAUUUUUGGAUUCAUUGAUAAGUACCAUUCUUAAACUGUACAAAAUACUUAGCCUUCCCCUUCCCUCUCCCGACGGUGUCCCAGUUGACAGUUUAUUGUUAUGUAAGCCUGCCAUCUCACUUUAUUUAAUGCAAUAUAUCAAGUCUGUUUGACAGUUUGCAAAAGUGCCUAAAAAACGGAUAUCAUUCAGUACCGCUUUUGAGAGCAGAAGGGAAUUGACUACAAAUUAAAAUGCAGUAUUUUGAGUUUGAGUCAAAAUUAUCUAUUGUCAUGUUUUUUAAUUUUCAUUUGAGCAAUAUUAGGAAACAAAUAUUUUGUUAGACACCAGAAAAAAUUCUCUGUUUCUAGGGAAUACGUUAGAAUAAUGUUCUGAAUGUCAUGAUUAGUUGCUUAGAAAAUCAACUUUUCCAGAGUUAUCAGAUUACUAUAUGGGGAAAUUUACCCCUCCAAGCUUUUAUUUCUCACCCUGUGUAAUAAGAUAGUUUCAAUUUCAUUCAAUCUUUCUUCUACGAUAAGUAUAUUCACUGUUAAAGGUGCUCAUUACUCUUUCCAGCAGGGUACUGUCAUGCCAAAAUAGCAUGUAGAAUUGGUACUCUGAGAUGAAACCAGAAACUGAGGAUUAUCAAAACAUAACAAGGCAUUACUGCACACAUUAAUCAGUGAUUUACUGACUACAGAAUUUGUCGGUUUAUAAAGCACCAAUUUAAAGUUCACCUUCCCUUUGUUUGUUUCAAAUCUUCAGCUUUAAAACCAAGACACAUUGUCUUUCAUUGAACAAAUUCCUGUAAAAAUACCAGUGUAAGUAACUAAAUAGUUAGGUGCUUCAGGAUAUUGGUUAUAAAGAGAAAAUAUUAAAGUACUGAUGUGAAAUAUGUUAAUAUUAGGAAAGGGUGUAGUUAGAAUAAAAAAAACUUUCCUGUGGAAAAGUGUCACUUAUAAUGGUUGAAUUAUCAAGAGUUUACAUUUUGUUUGUAAAAAUGUAUUUUAAAAAGUUACAAAUUUGAGUACCAGCCCAGUUCAUACCUUUGUUUAGAUUGUAUUGAAAUGAUCGAAUAUUGUGUUUUGCGAAUUCUGACGAACAACAAAAAGUAAUUUGCCAAUGUACAACGUAUUGAGUUCAGUUCAAUGACGUGUGAUUCAAGUUUUCAGUAUUACCUGAAAUGAUUUGUUGAAAUGAGAUUUACCUGGUUAACUGAUUUUUUAUAAAAGACAUUUGUAGCUCCAAAACUGCAUUUGAGCUUUUCUGAUAUCGGGCUUAACUCAAUUGCAAUUUCUGGGGCAUAUCAUUCCAACAUUUGGCGGCAGAGAGAAAGCAAUUUCUGCUAAUUGUUGAAUGUAUUUUGCUUUCUUUAAUUUUGUGAAACAAUUUUAAAUUCACUGAGCACUCAGUGGUAAUCUGGUGCCUCCAUUGCAGCUAAAGUUACAAAGUUCUCAUGGUUAACUAGGGUCUUCGGUAAUAAACAUCUUGUGCUUCAAUUAAAUUCCAUUAGGAGUCCAACAAUAUUCAGAUUUGUGCUUUUACUGGUAAUUCCACCAUCAAGUGAUAUAUUCUGCUAUUUAUCUGUUAGAUUUUUAAUAGAAUUAACAAAUGGAAUUACUUGAAACCAUAUCACAAACCAAACCAUAUAAAUGUAUAAAUAAACUAGUUAAUACUUUGCCAUGUGGUCACCAUUUACUCAUGACCUUUCAUCUAUAAAUUAAGAAAAUAAAACUAUCAAUUGUUUGGCUUACAAUAGUGGUAAAAUUAUUCACAUGUGCCUAGCUACUGAGACAUUACUUGUUUGAAAAAACUUACAAACCAAUUGUGAUUAUCAUAUAUAGAUUGGGAGGAUUUUUGCAUGCCAAUCAAUUGUUAGUAUUAAUUUUAAGACGGAGUUUGGUCUCCUGGUCUGUUGUUGCUAACUGGCAGUUGUCAGUCGCUUGUUGUUGAAAUUCAAAAAUUCAUUUUAGUUUAGGCUCCUAUCGUUUCACAUUGGGUGACUGGUGCAGGAGAGAUUUGGUAAACGAAGGGAAAUACUUGAGGCAUCUCCAUUGGUUGUUGUGGUUAGGUAGACAUUUCAGCGUUGUGACCUGACUGAAGCAAGGGGUCCUCUCAGAGCAGCUGCCUUGGUGAAUGAAAACCUGAGCAAUAGGUUGGUAAGGCUGUCAUAAACUUAGAAUUUUGGUCUGAAAUGCAUUUAUCUGGCAGUUCUAAAUUUCAGCUGGUAGAUGCAGUGGUUUGGAGGGUGAAGGGAUCUGUGAUCGGGCUUGUGGUGUCUAAGCCAUUGGUUUAAAGAGUGUUUAUCAUAAGAGCUAACAAUGGCAAAGGAGGAGGCCAUUUGGCCCAUUGAAUUGAUGCUGGCUUUCUGCAGAGUAAUCCUGUCGGCCCCAUUCCCCUGCUCUAUCCCCAUAGCCCUCUAAGUUUGUUUUACUCAAGCGCCCAUCCAAUUGCCUCUUGAAAUCAUUGAUCGUCCACCUCCCUCAUAGGCAAUAAGUUCCAGGUCAUUGCCAUUUGCUGCGUUAACAAGUUCUUCCUCACAUCCCCCACAAAUCCGUUGUCCAUAAUCUUGUACACCUUUAUCAAGUUUCAGAUCUUCCUUCAACCUCCUUCGCUCCAAGCAGAACAACCCCAGUUUCUGCAGCCUAAUCUUGUAGCUAAAGUCCCUCAUCCUUGGUAAAUCUCCUCGGCAUCCUUCCAAAGCGUGGACCAGAGCUUCACACACUACUCUAGUCUCCUAACCAGACCUUUGUAAAGGUUUAGCAUAACGUCCCUGCUUUUGUACUGCAUUUAUGAAGCUCUAGAUCCCAUUUGCGUCACCAAUUCCUCUCUGUGCCCUGCCACUUUUGGAGAUCCACUCAGUUUCCUCUGUCCCAGUGUUCAGCAGUAUAUUCAAUGGAUGCCCAUGUCAUUGCUCGCUUCUAAUGAGCAGCAGUGUUUAACAGCUCUUUCUCUUUAAGGUUGCUAUUUAAGUAUUUCCCCUGGGAAGCUGCCCAAGUACCAAAGUUAGGGAAUUGCAGCUGGCUGUGUACUCCAGAGGUUAAUUGGAGAGCAGUUCUCACUGUUCAUAACUUUCUGGCUUUGGGUCAGAAGAACCCAGCAUGAAAUAACUGUGUUCUUUAAAGUUUGGUUUGCAUUAGGAACAGAGUGUGGCUUCUGGAGUGUGCCACAUACACACUGGACACAGUUUUUUUUAAUGUGUUUGUAUCAGGUGAACAAAAAACAUAUGGGCUGCAUAUUUUGCUGUUAUUGGUACACUCAGUGCUUAGGCUUUCUGUGCUUCCACCUAAAGCAAACAUAAGCAAAACUGAAUUGGAUAUGAUGAGCAUUGUUGGUUGACUCUCCCUCUGUUAUUGUAACAAGUAGAGCAAAUAUCUAUGUUGGAAUUAUGCUUUCAAAAAUUUAAUGUUUAGUUUGAAACAAAUUUGUCUAGUUCCUUAAAUGUAGGGGCUCCAAGUGGAGGAUCAAGAACUACAAGCAGCCCUGCUCCUUAAAGAAAAUCUUUAGGUCUAGAUGAAGCUCCAUUUUUAAAUCUAGGGAUUGUGUUUCAUAUGUUGGGCUUAGUCAUAGUGUUCAAAUUUUAAUUUGUAAUUUCUUAAAAUUUCUGGUAACCAAGAGCACAGCUGAAGAUAUAGGUAGUUUCUCAUACCAUUAAAAUAUCCCCAUAUAGCUGUCAUAUCGGCAAACAAAUUAAUAAAUAGUAUAAAACUAAAAGCGCAUUUCUGUUCCUCCACCACGCGCCCCCCCCCACCCCGCCCCUCCCCGUCCACAACUCUACACAUCUUCAACCACACUCAAAUGUUGAAGUGAUCUAAUGUUGCAAACAUGAUGGUGCAAAAUUAAAGAAAGCAGGAUCAUUUCUAGACGAAUCUACUUUAAAACUUUGUACAGAAAUUAUUCAUCACUUGAGUGCAAUAUCCAAGAUUGAGCACCAUUAUCACACAGCGUUUGCAUUUGUAUUGAAAAUGUUAUCACAUUUUGUUCUGACCUGAUGGUGGAUUUGUCUCUUUUAUGAAGUACCCAAUUGCGGUCUAAGUUUAGGUGUUUGGUUCUGGACUGUGUAGAAAAUGCUGACCUGAUACCAGAAUUGGUAUAGAAUAUCCUGUGCUUCCAGUAAGCUCAGAAUUGAAAGUUUUGUGAUUUUCUUAAUUUUUUUCAUGUUGCUGUCACAGAUUCCAUCACCUCUGACCCAUACUGAAGGCCAUUUAGAAUGGUGGCUGUCAAUUGCCAGUAGCUAUUUUAAAAAAAAAGAUUUAUUAUAUUUAAAAUAUAUAUGGGUCAAGUAAUUGACUAGUAUCAAUGCAGUUACUAUAGGGCACAGUUUCAGGGUUUCAAGCUUUGAUCAUAUAACUGUUAUUGUGAAUUAUCUACAAUAUAUAUCUAUUUUAGUAUUCUGAUUUGCCUCAUGUUAUCUUGAUGGUUUUGAACACUUUCUCGUUUGAAGGUUUCUUCCUUCUGGUUAAGUGUUCAGUCUUGGCAUUGUGUUUUGCCAUCUGCCUUUUAUUGAUAAAGUAUCUCUUGAAAGUGUGUGCAAUAAUAUUGUCUGUCUUAGUGACGUAGAUAAAAUAUAUGUACGUUUAUAUAAA